UAUACAUGUAACAUCAUGAUUUUCUGGACUGCAGCAAUUAUGUUGUAUCAAUUGGGCAUGUUGGGAAUCACAGCUGGGGCUCAUCGACUUUGGUCACACCGAUCCUACAAAGCCACAUGGCCUCUUCAGCUACUACUUAUGAUCAUGAAUACUCUAGCAUUCCAGGGCCCCGUGAUCGUCUGGGCCAGAGACCACAGGGUUCAUCACAAAUACACGGAGACCGACGCCGAUCCGUACAAUGCUACGAGAGGUUUGUUUUUCUCGCACGUGGGCUGGCUGCUCUGUAGGAAACACCCGGAAGUCAAGGAAAAGGGCAAAGGGCUCGACAUAAGUGAUCUUGAGAGCAAUCCUAUAUUGGCAUUCCAAAAGAAACAUCGUUUCAUAUUAGUGCCAUUGCUGUGCUUUAUUUUGCCAACCGUUAUUCCGGUCGUGUGUUGGAACGAGACGUGGACGAACGCUUACUUUAUUUCCACUGUUCUCCGUUAUAUCUUCACGUUAAAUAUGACAUGGCUGGUGAAUUCCGUGGCUCAUUCCUUCGGCAACAAACCCUACGACAAAGAUAUCAAAGCAGUGAGCAACAAAGGUGUUACCAUACUUGUCCUCGGCGAAGGUUGGCACAAUUACCAUCACGUUUUUCCCUGGGACUACAAGACAGCAGAGUUGGGCAAUUACACAUUCAACUUCACAACGGCUUUCAUCGACUUUUUCGCGAAGAUUGGCUGGGCCUACGAUUUGAAGAGCGUGUCCGAGGACAUGAUAAGAAAGCGAGUGAAGAAAACAGGUGACGGCAGUCACGUGUUAUGGGGUCGGGGCAACAAAGAUCAAACGCAGGAGGAAAGAGAUGAAGCGGUAGUGAUGCAUCGUCAGACGAAAGAUCAGUAGGAUACUGCGUGUGCGCGUGUAAGACUUUUGAUUAAAUAAGGCUUUUUUCAUGUUUGUCCACAAAUCGAUUCACUUGGACAAACUUUAUGAAAGUGUGAGAUUUGUUAUUGUUAUAGAUUAAGCAUGAUUUACGCACAGAAGCGUUAUAUUUUAUUUUGGUUGAUAUAUUCUUUAUUGACAGCUAUAUUAAGUAUAAGUUUAUGCUCAUGCGCAUGCGCAUAAUCGAGCGCGGUCAAGCCGGGAAGAAGGAGACGGACUUCCGCCCGCCAUUACGUGUUAGCUGUACGCGAGAGCUGCAUUAAAAGUUCUCUCAGUCAAUAGUG